UGAGUCCGCACAGUUCCUGGGCGGAACCCACGCACCCGCUCCCCUUGAGACCGCAGGCUCCCCGCACCCAAGUGCCGCGCCACCAUGCUGGGCAUGAUCAAGAACUCGCUGUUCGGCAGCGUGGAGACUUGGCCGUGGCAAGUUCUGAGCACCGGGGCCAAGGGAGAAAUCUCCUAUGAGGAGAGAACCUGUGAAGGUGGGAGGUUCGCCACUGUGGAAGUGACAGACAAGCCGGUGGACGAGGCUCUGCGGGAAGCAAUGCCCAAGGUCAUGAAGUACGUGGGUGGCUCCAACGUCAAGGGAAUUGGCAUGGGGAUGACUGUCCCCAUCUCCUUUGCCGUGUUCCCUGCCCAAGAUGGCUCCCUACAGAAGAAACUGAAGGUCUGGUUCCGGAUUCCCAACCAGUUUCAGAGCGACCCCCCCACCCCCAGUGAUGACAGCAUCCACAUUGAGGAGCGGGACUCCAUCACUGUCUACUCCAUGCAGUUCGGAGGCUACGCCAAGGAAGUGGACUACAUGGCUCAGGCUGCCCGGCUGCGCGCCGCCCUGGAGGGCACGGCUACCUACCUCAGUGAUGUCUACUUCUGCACCGGCUAUGACCCCCCCAUGAAGCCUUAUGGGCGCCGCAACGAGGUCUGGCUGGUGAAGACCUGAAGGACUCAGGAGCCAGGGAUGCCGGCUGGGGGUCCCACAUGUGCUCACCCUGGGGCUGGGGGUGGGGGGGAGCCUCGCAGCUCCAACUCAUCCCUGUUCCUGCCCAUACCACCACUGCCACUUCCUGGGGUCAACAGGUGCCAGACCCUGAGGCUCUUCUCUCAGCAGAAAGGAGCCCAUCACCUUCCCAACUGCCUUGGAAGGUUCAGUGGUGGACCAGGCCAACACUCUCUGAUACCUGGGGAAAUAAACCCUGAUUACUAAGAA